CGGCUCCGGGACCGGCGGCAAGGCGUCGCCUACCCUCACGGCGGUCGGGGCGGAGAUUGAGAUCAUCCCGGACUCCCGCGGGCCUGGCGGGAGGCCUCGGGAGCGACUGACCCCAGAGGCACUGCCCGGCGAGGCUCCGUCCCCUGGAGAAGUCCCUCCAAGUCCCGCGAACCCCGAGUGGCAGGGCCUCGGGCCUGAGAUCAGCAGCCAGGAGGGCGGACGGGGAGCGUCGGGACCCUCACUGCGGGGAGGAGGCCCUGAAGCUAGGCAAACGAUCCCUGCCGCCCGGUGACCAGAACCUCAUAAUGUCAGUGAUUCGUUCAUCUGUCCACGCUAAAUGGAUCGUGGGGAAGGUAAUUGGGACGGCAAUGCAAAGAACUGCUAAAGUGAGAGUGACUAGGCUUGUCCUGGAUCCCUACUUACUAAAGUAUUUUAAUAAGCGGAAAACCUACUUUGCUCAUGACGCCCUUCAGCAGUGCACUGUUGGGGACAUUGUGCUUCUCAGAGCUCUACCUUUUCCAAGAACAAAGCAUGUGAAACAUGAACUGGCCGAGAUUGUUUUCAAAGUUGGCCAAGUCAUAGAUCCAGUGUCAGGAAAACCCUGUGCAGGAACUGCCUACCUGGAGAGCCCACUCAUUUCAGAAACCACUCAGCUAAACAAAACCCUGGAAGAACCCAGCAUCUCUUCAACACAGUGAACAGUUUGGAAGAAGGAGCCAAAGAGAAACAUUAUAUUUACUGUAUGAAAAAUAUUUUUUCUAACUUACAUUAAGAACUAUGCCAAGUUCUCUUACAGCAUUUUGGAAGUAGGAAAGCAAAUGAAGUAAAGGGUUUAUUCUAAGUUUACGAAUUUUCAGGAUUUUCUUUCCAGUAAACAUACUUUCAUGUUAUACCAAG